ACAACCCCAUUACCUCCACAACAAUUCCAAACCAAGCAUUUCAUUACCAAAUUCAGAAUUACCAUCACAACAUGUCUGCAGCAAAUAUUCCUCAUCUCGUCCUUUCCGACAACCGUAGCCUGCCAGUGAUCGGCCUCGGCACGGCCUCCGAGUCUGAAGGAAAGGACUCCACCAAAGAGGCAGUGAUAGAGGCUAUCAAACUUGGAUACAGACACUUUGAUACAGCCUCAGUGUAUGGAUCAGAGGCGUCUCUUGGAGAAGCCAUAGCUGAAGCACUUCAACUUGGCCUUAUUAAGUCAAGAGAUGAGCUCUUCAUCACUUCCAAGCUUUGGUGCACUGAUAAUCAUCCUCAUCAUGUUCUUCCUGCUUUAAAGCAAUCACUUCGGUCUCUCAACUUGGAAUAUUUAGAUCUGUAUUUGAUCCACUGGCCAAUCAGUUCUAAGCCUGGCAAGUUGGGAUUCACAUUUGAUGAAAGUGAUCUAAUGCCUUUCGAUUUAAAGGGCGUGUGGAAAGCAUUGGAGGAAUGUCAGAAAUUGGGACUCGCAAAAUCUAUUGGAGUCAGCAAUUUUACUAUCAAGAAGCUUCAAAAUCUUCUCUCGUUUGCUACAGUUCCUCCUACUCUCAAUCAAGUGGAGAUGAAUCCUUCUUGGCAACAAAAGAACCUAAGAGAAUAUUGCAAAGCAAAGGGCAUAAUCAUCACUGCAUAUUCUCCUUUGGGAGCCAAAGGAGCAAGUUGGGGUACCAAUGAAGUUAUGGACAAUGAAGUACUCAGAGAGAUUGCCCAGGCUCAUGGAAAAUCUGUUGCACAGGUAUCUCUGAGAUGGGCUUAUGAGCAAGGAGUGAGUUUUGUAGUGAAGAGUUACAACAAAGAGAGAAUGAAACAGAACUUGGAAAUAUUUGAUUGGUCACUCACUGAAAGUGACCAUCAAAAGAUAAGCCAGAUCAAGCAACAUCGCAUGAACAAUGGACCAACAACCUCACUGGGAGAUUUGUGGGAUGGAGAAAAUUAAUUAUAUAAGCUUGAUAUAGUUUUUAUUUAUGGCUGCCAUAGUUUUUUAACAUAUUGUGAUCUUAGUUUGUUUGAUUGUCUUCCACUAUAUAUACACUUUUCAUUGGCUUUA